UAGCAUAAUAGUAGUGAUGCAGGAGCUGAACAAAUAUAAAUGAUAAAAGGCUACAGAUGAAAGGGGAAAGUAUCUUCAAUCUUGAACCUAGGGGAAAUGGUUGUUGCUUGCUAGCGUUCACAACAAAAUAGCCUAAACGUUUCGUUGAAAAUGUCUAAAAUGCAGCUGUUGCAGGAUUAUCUAAACGAGCGGUUAACAGCGGUGGCUGUUGAGAUAUUUGGGGCCGUGGAAAAUACCGUAGCAGAGUACCAGGAAGAAAUCUCCCGUUCAAAUGAGGAGAUUGAACGUCUACGGAGGCUGCUGGAUUUGGUUUUCCGACCCGACAUAAAGCUACAGAAAGCAGACCCCCCGCAGCUCACGCUCCUUGUCCCUGAAGAGAAGGUUCUUGCUGAGAAGCAGCACUGUGAGCAGGAGUGGAGCCCCAGUCUGGACCAGGAGGACCCAGAGCCCACUCAGAUUAAAGAGGAACAGGAGGAGUUUGGGACCAGUCAGGAGGAAGAGCAGCUUCAGGGGCUGGAGGCUGAUAUCAAAGAGGUCAUAUUCUCUCCUCCAUUUUCUCUCCAGCCCUCACAUCAUCCCCAAACCCAAACUGUGGAGAACAGAGAGAGGGACGCUCUACCCACCAAAACAACUGAAGAGAUCAAAACGGAACCGGAUGGAGAGGGCUAUGGAGAAUCUGAAGCAAACAAUGAAUUACAGCCCCUCUCUCCAGUAAAUUCCGACUGUUCUGCAGCUCAUAUUGGGAACAGUGAAAGGGACAGUAUAGGGCUAAUGUCAGGGUUACAGCCACUCAAAUCAAAGACAACAUGGACAAAUAAAGUACAAAGCUCUAUUAAGACCAGGGAAGCCAGUGAGUUGAAAGUUCCAUUGAGGGCGGCUCACUCAGGGGAGAGACCACACAGGUGUCCCGUCUGCAGGAAAUGCUUUCUGAAAAGUAGCAUUUUAAAAACUCAUCAGAGAAUUCACACUGGGGAGAAACCAUAUUGCUGCAAUGUAUGUGGCAAAUGCUUCAGCCGGAUGGGACACCUGACUGAGCAUAUGAGAACUCACACGGGGGAGAAACCAUAUCAGUGCAAAGAAUGUAGCAAAUGCUUCAGCCGGAUGAGAAACCUGACCGUUCAUAUGAGGACUCACACAGAUGAGAGACCAUAUAAGUGCCCCAUGUGUGUAGAAUGCUUCAGAUCAGCAAGUCAUCUAAAAUGGCACCAGCGAAGACAUCACACAGGAGAGAAACCACGUUGCUGACUUUGUGGUAAAUGCUUCACUUGUAAGAACUGAGGAGGUGAAUGAACACAGAGGGAUAAACAUGACAGUGCUGCUGGGGCAAAAUUGUACUCUCACUUGUAGGAGGACCUUUCCAUUGUAAAACACUGAUGUUUCAUAACCCUUCUGAGCAUGGCACAAAUGUAUAUACUGUAAUAAGUUUUUCAGAACCUAGUAGUUAUUUGGCAAUUCUAGCAUUAUUUGCACGCAAAAUCACAAUUUAUAUGUCUCACAGAAUGGACAAACAAAAUGUAAAUUUAACUUUUGAUGUGCGUGUCUAUAGUACCCCUUGGGGGGAGUGUUUACCCCCUAAAAGUCAACUUGUAAAUAUUGACAUGUUGGGCAAAUAAGAAGUGUUCUUGAUGUUACACACCCUCUGUUCUGGAUGUUACAGGAAAUUGAACAUAUUAGCAAAAGUCUGAGUGAGGUCAAAACAUGGAUUGCCAUUUCGAUCACAAAAAAGUAUAAUUUUCAAAAGAUUGUAACAUCUUAUGGAUGUUACAGAAUCUGAAAGUUUUAUUGAUCAAAAUCAAAAAAUAUAUAUUUUUUGGAAUGUUUAUAGUAUUUUAGGAUUACAUAAUUGCAGUUAGCCUAAAUACCACACCCUAAUAGGUUAUGUUUUGUCUUUAAAUACACUAUAUAUACAAAAGGAUGUGGACAUCCUUUUAAAUGAGUGGAUUGGGCUAUGUCAACCACACCCGUUGCUGGUGUAAACAAAUUGAGAUGUUAUUGCAGGUGUAGUGAAAUGCUUGUGGUCAUAGCUCCAACGGUGCAGUGAUAUCUAACAAUUCAUACAAAUCUAAAAAUUAAACGAAUGGAAUUAAGAAAUAUUAGGACCAGCAAUGUUGGAGUCCAGAGUAUACAUAUACACUGAGUAUACAAAACAUUAAGAACACUUGCUCUUUCCAUGACUUGACUAAUCUGGUGAAUCCAGGUGAAAGCUAUGAUCCCUUAAAUGACGUCACUUGCUAAAUCCACUUCAAUCAGUGUAGAUGAAGGGGAGGAGACGGGUUAAAGAAGGAUUUCUAAGUCUUGAGACAAUUGAGACUUGGAUUAUGUAUGAGUGCCAUUCAGAAGGUGAAUGGGAAACCUUAGACCUUAGACCUUAGUGCUGCUUUUGAUACCAUCGAUCACCACAUUCUUUUGGAGAGAUUGGAAACCCAAAUUGGUCUACACGGACAUGUUCUGGCCUGGUUUAGAUCUUAUCUGUCGGAAAGAUAUCAGUUUGUCUCUGUAAAUUUCGGUAUCAGUUUGUCAACUGUAAAUUUCGGUGUUCCUCAAGGUUCCGUUUUAGGACCACUAUUGUUUUCACUAUAUAUUUUACCUCUUGGGGAUGUUAUUCGAAAACAUAAUGUAAACUUUCACUGCUAUGCGGAUGACACACAGCUGUACAUUUCAAUGAAACAUGGUGAAGCCCCAAAAUUGCCCUCGUUAGAAGCAUGUGUUUCAGACAUAAGGAAGUGGAUGGCUGCAAACUUUCUACUAUUAAACUCGGACAAAACAGAGAUGCUUGUUCUAGGUCCCAAGAAACAAAGAGAUCUUCUGUUGAAUCUGACAAUUAAUCUUAAUGGUUGUACAGUCGUCUCAAAUAAAACUGUGAAGGACCUCGGCGUU